AUGGAUGAAAGUAGUGCAAGCGGAGGUGGAAGGGGUAAAAACAAACGGUUUUGGACCGUUGGAGAGGAUAAAGUUCUUGUAGCCGCUUUGUCCGAGUUAGCGGUUGAUCCUCAUUGGAAGUGUGACAAUGGAUUCAGAAGUGGCUACAUGGUUCGUUUGGAGGAGGUAAUAGGUAAGGCUCUUCCUGGUUGUGGUUUGAAGGCUGUGCCACACAUCGAUUCGAGGCUUAAAACACUUGCAACCAAAUUCAGAGCUCUUUCUGAAAUGCUAAAUACAAGUGGGUUUGCUUGGGAUGAUGAGAGAAAAAUGAUUUCUGUGGAGCGCUCGGUUUAUGAUGAAUAUUGUAAGUCUCACCCUAAUUGCAAAAACUUGUACGGAGUUCCUUUUCCACAUUUUCAUGAGCUCAUGAGUAUUUAUGGCAAGGACUAUGCCACUGGCAUACCGGCUGAAGGUUAUGUUGAUGCGGUAACCCAUAUGGAGAAAGUUGCUCCUACUCAAGUUACACUUGAUUCAAGUGAUGAGGAUGAUGUUGUUGGUAGUGGUAAUGUUGCUCAAACUAUUGAAUCUGCCCAUGCUCCUUCAUUGAAAAAAAUCAAGACCGAAAAUCUACCAAAAGAGGUAAGAGAAGAAGUGAUGGUGUUGGAAGUAGUUCUAAUGAGUUGGCUAGUUUACAAGCAUUCAUGA